AUGCGCUUCAACGUUCUCAGCCUCUCGGCCCUUCUGGCAGUGACUGCCUCUGCGCGCCCCGUCGCCGUUCCCGACGUCACAUACGUCGAGGAGACCGUCUGGGAGACCGUCUAUGAAACCGUCUACAAGACCGCCGCUCCCGUCAGCGUGCCCACCAAGCUCCCCAUCCAGGAGGUCGCCCUUCCUUCCAGCACCUCGACUCCCGCUGUCCCAACCCUGAGCAUCCCCAGCACCAGCGUCCCCACCAUCGUGCCAACUACCACCAGCGCUCCAUCAAGCACUACCAGCGCCCCGUCCAGCACUAGCAGCAGCCCCGCCGCCACCGGCAGCGGUGUCUCCAUCGUCAACAACCUCCCGGACACCGUCUACCUGUGGGUAGUGACCGAGACCGCCGGUGAAAUGCAAACCCUCCCAUCCGGCGAGACCUUCCACGACACCUGGCUCACCAACUCCAACGGCGGCGGUAUCUCCAUCAAGAUGUCCACCACCGAGGUCUGCGACAGCGUGCUGCAAUUCGAGUACACCCAGUCCGGUGACGUCCUCUUUUGGGAUAUGUCGUCCAUCAACAUGCUCAAGACCUCGCCGUUCGUCAGCGCCGGAUUCGCUGUCACCAUCAGCGACGAGUCGUGCCCCACCUCUACCUGCCGCCCUGGUGAUGCCCACUGCACCCAGUCCUACCAGCACCCCGAUGAUGUCAAUACCUUGGCUUGCGGUAUCGAUAACGCUUACACCCUCACUUUGGGUUAG